AUGGCUCCUCAGGAGCCCUUCAGCUGCAGCGGCGAAACCUCCCAGGAAGCGACCCCCAGAGGUCCUUGGCCCGCUCUUGAUUCCGAGCCCCUCGCACAAAAUGCCGGCGCAAGGCACGAGGCCGGUCCGCAAGGCGGGAGUGCAGCUGGGGGCCGUGAGCCUGCGCUCCCAGCAUUCUUCCCUCGCGGUCACCCCAGGAGCGUAGGAAGCAUGCUGAGAGCUCCUUCCUUGGUCGUCACCGGUGGCUGGGCGGCCCGAGCAUCAGCUUCAUCUUCGAGCGGUAGGGUCAUGCCGCCCAGCGCCUUCGCCAAGGCCCCAGGAGUGGCCGGGGAAACGCCGGCCACCAGCUCCCUACCGGAGACGGGUGAGCCGCUUCGCGCCUCUUUGACAGCCCCCGGCGCAGAGGAAGGGCUUGGCCGCGCGCUGGAGCUUGCGCGCGGGCGCAACGCCGCCCGUAAUGACCUUUUCCAGGAGGCGAUGAGCAUGCUGAGUCGGCUCGAAGGAGAGCUUGUCGAUGUCGACGCCAGCCUCGAGACGGAGGGCCUCCGCUUGGCGCGAGAGGAAGCCCGUGCCGCCGACUACCGUCGUGAGGCGGACGAGGAGCGAGAGCAGGAGCUUCGCGCUUUGAACGCCGCCCUUGAGCGGCAGAUCCAGGCGCGCAGGGCUGCCCUGGCGGCAUCACCGAGCAAGGCCCCUUCUGAUGAGAAGGAGGUUCAGGAGCGCGAGGAGGUGCUAGCGCUCGAGACCUUGGAGCACAGCCUGGCGCUCGAACGACUCGAGGUGAGGGAGCGCCAGGCAGCCACAGCUGAGGACGCCGUUGCCGCUCGAGAUGCCAGGAUCCAGCAGGAGAAAUUGGAGCUCCAGGAGACCUGCUUUGAGCUGCAGCAGACCGAGCUUGAGGGUAGAACUUUCGCCCUCAGGACGAAGCUAGACGCGGCAGAGCAGCGCGAGAGGGCCGCCAGGGAGGCUCAGGCCUCCGCCCAAGAUGACUUGGCCUCUGCUCGCACAAACCUGUCCUCACUUCAGCAGCAGGUUGAGGCCAUCAUGUCCCUCGCGGAGAAGAUCGAGAACGAGGCAUCCCACCGCCGGACAAUGCAGUGCGGGCAUUCCAUGAUGCUCAAGGACCUCAGGGUCAUAGCCAACGGAUCCCUGGACACCAUCUGCGAGGAGGGCGUCUCUCACCCGCGUGAGGAUGAUGACGCCAGCCACCACCGCUUCUUCACCGAGAUCGUGAGCCGUCUCGAGGACCGGGCCGUGAGGGCUCACGAGCUAGUUGAAGAGAGAAGCCGAGGCCUUCUUGGGCGUGCGUUCUCACGCGUCUUCAGCCAUCUCCUCAACCUUGACCCCCACUUUGACUUCAAUGUUGUGAUAGCCCCCGUGCCCGGGGUUAUCCAGGGCAAUCUCGCGGGCUGGGUGGACGACCACGUGGAUGACCUGGUUGCGGAGUUUGCUCCUGAAGACGGCGCGGUCGUGAUUGCGGCCAAGGGAGGUGGUGUAGGUGAUGACGACCAGGACAACGCCAGUAGCAGCGCUAGUGGUGCGGACGAUGAUGAUGAGGACGACGCUGGCGGCAGCGCAUCUGGCUAG